GAAAAUUCAGUCAAUGCUUUUGUUUUCCUAAGCUCUCUUCAGUUGAUUGCCUCAAAAUCGUUUUUUCAGUUUAACUCUACUGUGAUGUCCCCGUUCCGCCAUUGAUCCUUAAACUCCAAGCUAUCAUGAGGAAAAGAGAUUUAUGUAUUCUUAUGCUCUCCGCUUUUGCCAUAUUCUUCUCUCUUCAGCACGAGGGAGAUUUCUCGUUUAAAGAAGCAUGGUUUCAUUUGUCCGAUGAAUAUCCAAUCAAAUACGAAGCUGAGCGUCUCCCUCCACCUCUCGUCGCCGAUCUUAAUGGCGACGGAAAGAUAGAAAUCCUCGUUGCCACUCACGAUGCUAAAAUUCAGCUAUUGGAACCACACGCACGACGGGUCGAUGAAGGAUUCAGUGAAGCGCGUUUACUGGCAGAGGUGUCUCUGUUGCCUGAUAAGGUCAGGGUUGCUUCUGGUAGACGUCCGGUGGCAAUGGCCACCGGUGUUAUCGAUCGAACUUUUAAAAGUUCGGGACCUCAGAAGCGGGUUCUGGUUGUUGUUACUUCGGGUUGGUCUGUUAUGUGUUUCGACCAUAACCUCAAAAAGUUAUGGGAGAACAAUUUGCAGGAUGAUUUUCCGCAUAACGCUCACCAUAGAGAGAUAGCGGUUUCUAUAAGCAAUUACACCUUGAGGCAUGGUGAUUCUGGUUUAGUUAUUGUUGGUGGGAGGAUGGAAAUGCAGCCCCAUAUAUACCUAGAUCCUUUUGAACAAAUGGGGAUGGCUGAACGAAAUGCUGAGCAGCAUAGAAGGAGUGCAAAUGAGAAGGAGGCUUCUGAAAACUCUGGAACUGUGAAUUUACGUCAUUUUGCUUUUUAUGCAUUUGAUGGACGUAAAGGUGUAGUUCGAUGGUCUAGAAAGAAUGAGAAUGUUGAAGAACAUUCUUCAGAUCCUUCACAGUUAAUUCCACAACAUAACUACAAGCUUGAUGCUCAAGCUCUAAACAGUCGUCAUCCUGGUGAGUUCGAGUGCAGGCAAUUCAGAGAAUCAAUCCUUCGAGUUUCUCCGCAUCAUUGGGAUAGGAGAGAAGAUACAUUGUUAAAGUUGUCACAUUUCAAGCAGCAUAAAAGGAAAUCAUUGAAAAGAGUACCUGGAAAGGCAAGAACCUAUCCUUUUCACAAGCCGGAUGAACACCAUCUUCCAGGGAAGGAUGAAACCAAAAAAAUUUCUAAAUUGAUUGGAAAAGCUGCAAAAUAUGCUGGUUCAUCAAAAUCAAAGAAGCAUUUGCCUUAUAUUCCAACCAUAACAAAUAACACUCGACUCUGGUGGGUUCCUAAUGUUGUUGUAGCCCAUCAAAAGGAAGGGAUAGAAGCUGUUCAUUUGGCAACUGGUCGAACUAUAUGCAAGCUUCAUCUUCAAGAAGGCGGUCUCCAUGCUGAUAUUAAUGGAGAUGGAGUCCUGGAUCAUGUUCAGGCUGUUGGAGCCAAUAGUGGUGAGCGAACUGCUGUUAGCGGAUCAAUGGAGGUGCUGCGACCUUGUUGGGCUGUGGCGACCUCCGGAGUGCCUGUUAGAGAACAACUGUUUAAUGCUUCAAUAUGUCGUCAUUCCCCUUUCAAUUUAUUUCAACAUGGAGAGUACUAUAGAAGUUAUGGUCGAAGCACAAAUGGUGGUGCUUUAGAAGUGGCAACGCCCAUUCUCAUCCCUAGAAGUGACGGGCAUAUGCAUCGCAAGAAGAGUCAUGGCUACAUUAUUUUCUUGACUAGUCGAGGAGAGGUAACCGCAUACUCUCCAGGCUUGGACGGGCAUGGUGCCGUUUGGCAAUGGCAGCUCGUAACGGAUGCUAAAUGGUCGAACCUACCUUCACUUUCUGGUAUGAUGGAAGGCGGUAUGAUCGUUCCAACACUGAAACCGAUCUCAUUGCGAGUGCAUGACCAUCAACAAAUGAUCCUUGCGGGAGGAGAACAAACAGCCGUAAUUAUUUCUCCUGCGGGAAAUAUUUUAGCAUCAGUAGAUCUUCCUACUAAACCUACUCAUGCCCUGAUCACAGAGGACUUUUCCAACGACGGGCUAACCGACCUCAUUCUCAUGACAACUACCGGAGUAUAUGGUUUUGUCCAGACGAGACACCCGGGUGCCCUGUUCUUCAGCACUCUGGUCGGUUGCCUUUUAGUUGUGAUGGGAGUAAUCUUCAUCAGUCAGCACUUGAAUUCAAUCAAAGGUAAACCUCGUACUUCCUCUUAAGCUCCUCUGCCAUGAAACUGUGAAAUAAAACCAGUUGUUCUGCGUCGGAAAGCAUAACAUUGACACUCACACCCGACCAAAUAAAAAGGAAAAAGAAAGAAAGAAAUUAAUUAAUGCUUCUAUCACUUAAUUUUCGAUGAAGUGUAAAUAUCUUUACAGAAAAUUUGGAAUCUUCAAAUUCGAAAGCUUAAUUGAUAAAAUUUGUGUUGAAAUUACAUUUCAAUAAAUGAAUGUUUUCAUGUUGAAAAUAUGUAAUAUAAAAGCUCAAGUUAUAGUUGUCAUUUCA